UGGGCUCAGGCUGCCUGCCUCCUUCACGGCACUUGGUCUCCCAGUAGCUGAACUUGAGUGCAUCAUGGCGCGCUCUCCUCUCGUCCUGUGCCUGGUGGCUGCGGCAGUGAUGCUUGUCGCCCCCCGCGCCUUUGUGUCAUCCCCCAAGAGCCAGAAUGCGGCCGCCUUGACUGCGGGCGUGGCUGCGGGAUCCAUGGUCAUGCCAGCAUGGGCCUAUGACCAGCAGAUGAUGGACGCGCAGCUCUUGUUGGCACGUGUGCCGGGUGGAAAGCGAACCAAGGAGCUGGGCCUUGUGGUGCCCAUCCCGGAGGAGGAUGGCUUGACCGAUGGCCAGAUCGCAGCCCUGUUCGUGGUGGCUUUGGUGGUGCUGAUUGCUGCCGUUGACUUGGCCAGGAGCCUGUACUUCGGCCUCCAGCCCAACAAGUUCAAGACGGCCAAGGGCAAGGGCUCCAUCACCCCGUUCAUGAAGCGCCUCAUCGAGAACGGCUUCUGAGAACUCUUGCUUGCCUCAUGCACAGCGGGAGUUUUUUGAGUGCUGCCUGGCUGCACCCGCUGUCCAGCAGUGG